CCCCCCCCCCCCCUCUUUCUUUGGUGUUAGUUCUGGCUUUUGAUGGACGGUAUGUCUUUUGUAAAAAGUUGGAUUGCCUGCGCAUAUAAAGGCAACAGUCUAAGCAAGAUAGGUCUUUCUCUUUUUCAUCUAGUGAGGAUAACAAUUGUAAACCCUCAAGCAUGAAGCAAAGAAACACUUCGGCUCAUCGUAUAGGCCAAACUCCUUUGCUGUGUGAUAUCGUCCUAGUUUGAUGGUAUAGAUUAUGUUUCCAAUCCUAAUAGACAUAUUGACUUGUCACCAAUUCCUCUCUUUUUCAUUUAGUCCACAAAAAAUAAUAAUAAUAAUAAUUGUUUGUUUCAAGGACGUUGCUUUGAUUCCUAAUGUCAAUCAGAUUCCUUUGUUUGGUGAAAAAGUAUUCCUUUUGCUAUAUGGAGACCCAAACGGAAUCAUCAAUUUAAUAUCUAUAUAUAGUGGAGUAAAUCACAUUCAUCGAUUACGUGAAUUUUUUUUGCCUUUGUACACGUACUCGAAUAAAUGUCAAUGGCUGUGGCGGCAAAAGGCGAAGGUCCAGCGAUCGGAAUCGAUCUUGGAACAACUUACUCAUGCGUUGGCGUUUGGCAACACGGGCGCGUUGAAAUCAUAACCAAUGAUCAGGGCAACAGAAUAACACCGUCAUAUGUUGCUUUUACAAACACUGGGCGUUUAAUUGGUGAUGCCGCCAAGAACCAAGUUUCAACGAACCCCUUCAACACUGUUUUUGAUGCAAAGCGCUUGAUUGGAAGAAGAUUUAGUGAUGUAAAUGUCAAAAAUGACAUGAAAUUAUGGCCUUUUGAGGUUCGUGGAGUCGGGGACAAACCUAUGAUUAUGAUCAAUUAUAAGAAUGAAAAAAAGCAGUUUGCCGCUGAGGAGAUAUCUGCAAUGGUUCUCAAUAAGAUGCGUGAAAUAGCAGAGGCCUACAUCGGAUCAACGGUAAAGAAUGUCGUUAUCACUGUCCCAGCAUACUUUAAUGACUUACAACGUCAGGCUACAAAGGAUGCCGGUGUAAUUGCAGGAAUGAAUGUUAUUCGUAUUAUCAACGAGCCAACAGCUGCAGCCAUUGCCUACGGUCUUGAUAGAGAAGGCACCAAUAUUGCUGGAAAAAACGUUCUUAUUUUUGAUCUUGGUGGUGGUACUUUUGAUGUUUCCCUUCUUAAGAUUGAAGAAGGUAUUUUUGAGGUGAAAGCUAUAGCUGGUGAUACUCAUCUUGGGGGUGAAGAUUUUGAUAAUAGAAUGGUGAACUAUUUUGUACAAGAGUUUCGAAAGAAGCACGAAAAGGACAUUAGUAAUAACCCCACAGCACUAAGAAGAUUGAGAACAUCUUGUGAGAGAGCAAAGAGAACUCUUUCUUCCACUACGCAAACCACCAUUGAGAUUGAUUCUUUAUUCGAAGGUAUUGACUUUCACUCGACUAUAACGAGAGCAAAAUUUGAAGAGAUCAACUUGGAUCUAUUUUCCAAAUGUAUGGAGCCUGUGAAACAAUGUUUGAGAGAUGCUAAAAUGGACAAGAGCAUUGUUGAUGAUGUUGUUCUUGUUGGUGGAUCUACAAGAAUUCCCAAGGUACAACAGCUAUUGCAAGACUUAUUUGAUGGCAAGGAGCUUUGCAAAAGUAUCAAUCCUGAUGAAGCAGUUGCAUAUGGUGCCUCCAUUCAAGCUGUAAUUUUGAACGGUGAAGAAAAUAUCGAGAAGGUUCAGGACUUGCUCUUGUUGGAUGUCACUCCCUUUUCCCUUGGUGCAGAGCGUUUUGAUGGAGAGAUGAAGGUUGUCGUCCCAAGAAACACUACCAUCCCCACUAAGAAAGAAAAAGAUGUGACAAAUGUCGAAGCGGGACAAGUAUGCAUGGAGUUUAAAGUGUACGAGGGUGAAAGCAGAGUAGCUAAAGAUAACAGAUUGCUGGGUAUAUUUGAGCUCAAAGGCAUCCGUCCUGGCCCAAGGGAAACAGCUCAGGUCACCCUUUGCUUUGAGAUUGAUGCCAACGGUAUUAUGGUUGUCUCUGCCAAGGAUAAAUCAACGCGGAAAAGGAGCCAGAUUACACUCACCAAUAACCACAAAGGCAGGCUAUCACAGGAAGAAAUUGAGAAGAUGAUAAAGGAGGCAGAGAGGUACAAGUUAGAGGAUCGGGAGAAUAAGAAGAAAAUGGAGGCUAAGCUUGCAUUGAAAGAUUAUGCAUCUAACACGAUGGACACAGUUUCUAACAUACCAAAUUUGAACGAAGUGGACAAGACAAAAAUUGUAGAUGCAGUUGAAACGGUUAUGCGAUGGCUUGAUAAGAAUGAGAACAAACUUGCUGAAUGUGAAAAUUAUGAGAAUGAGAUGAGAAAACUUGAAAACCUCUGCAAUUCCAUGUGGCCUAAGAUGAACUAGGAUGCUGGCCGUACUAGAAUUCGCUAAGAAGUAAGAAAGGAGUUGUUUAUUUUUUGCUGCAGUAGAUCUCAAUCAUUACUUAUCUAUUUAGUCUUGAAUAGUAUGUAGCUCAAAUGCCCAACUGUAGAGUUUGGUUUUGAUUUUUAUUUUCGAUCUGAGUGACAUGAAUGAAUUUGGUCUCAAAAUAUUUUCCAAUCAAACAUAUUUAUUUGUAUGA